AUGAUAACUUCACCUUAAGAGAUGAGAAUAUUAUCAAAGCGAUUCUUUGGUAAUAAAGUCAUAGAUUCAAUUGUACUUGAAGAAAUGAAGGAAUAUUAUUAAAAUAAAGAGAAAAUAGCUAAUAUUAUUUAGAGAUGUUAUCCUGAAAGUUACAAGUUAUAUUCAGAUUUAGGUAAGAAAACAUAGAUUAAAUAUACAAGAUCCUUAACUUUUAAGUAUCUUCAUUCAAUAUUUUUUGAAUUAACUUAUUUUUGUAAUUGAAAAAAAGUAUAUAUUUCAAAGAGCAACAUGCUUAUUAGAAUUGAGUGUCCAUUUGUUUAAUAUUUCAUGGGAGAAAAGAUGGAAUAGAGAAAAAUCUUUUGAAGAGUUCAGAUAAAUAAUUGUUAGACAUUCUUUAUAUAGGUUAAUAUUUAUUUUAAUUAAUAAAGACCACCACAUAGUGUUUAUAUAUUUAGUUUAGAGAAUUUGAAAGAGAUUUCAUUACAUUUUCUAUCAACAUUUUUUAGAUUUUAUAGAGCUUAUUUCUUUACAUUCACUCCAUGGGUUGAUAUAGUAGUGACAACUUAUCAGAAACAUUAAAUAAAAAAGGAUGUGAAGGAUUUAGAAUUGGAAAAAUUGAGAUAAGAAGCAGAAUAAUAUAAUGAUCAAAUAGAUCCAGAAAUGAUGGAAUAAUUAAUGAGUGGAAAUUCUAUAUUUUAGAUUCCAGAAAAAAAGAAAAGAGAAAUGUUAGAAUAACAAUAAUAAAAAGAAAAAUAAGAAAGAAUAGAUAGAGUGUUAAAAAAGAGAUUAGAAGAAUUAUAAUAAGUGUUUGAUUAAAAAAUUAAAGAAUAAGAUGAGCAUUUCAUUAAAUUAGCUGAAGAUUUAAAAAACCCAAAAAAAAAGUGA